CUGCGUCUCCAUCCGGGCGGCCGCGAAAGGGAGGCGGUGCUUGCUGGCCUUCCGCCUCCGGGCGGGCCCGAUUCGAAGCAUGGAGCCGGCCUUAGCUGAGGGAAGCGGCGGGGAGACUGCCCGGAGGAGCCCGGCAUCUGCCUCCGCCGAGACGGAAGAAGCACGGCGGCAGCAGUCCCUCAUCAAAGGUGGAAUUUUUCUUGCUACUUUUGCUACUGCAGGAAUUCUAGCAGGUUUUGGUACUACACUAGCCAUGGCUAAGAAGAAAAACCCCAACUGGUUCAAUAAGGGUAUGCUUGCCACAGCAACUUUGCCAGAAAGCGGUUCAUCCCUUGCCUUGCGUGCCUUAGGAUGGGGCUCACUGUAUGCCUGGUGUGGAGUGGGACUGAUCAGUUUUGCUGUCUGGAAAGCUUUGGGUGUUCACAGUAUGAAUGAAUUCCAGAACAAAAUACAGUCGUUUUUCCCAUCAGUUCGCAAAAAUACAGUGCAGCCUGUUGAAUGGGAUGAGAUUUUGAAGUCUAAAUGAAGAGGACGUGGAGAAAUGAAUGUUGAACACUUUCAAAAUGCAUACGUGUGAAAUGUGCAUGGAAAUGUGACUCUGCAAGAAACAGACAAAAAGAGGAAAUGGAUAAUUACAAAUAUAAGAGCAUGGUGUUAGUUUAAAGAGAAGAGUAAUACCUUGCUAUUUGAUUGUUGGUGAAGUUCAGGGGAGAGCUCAGUAUGUGUCACUAAAACAAAGAAACUUAUCUCAACAGUAGGCAUUGAUACAAUAACUUAACCUGUAUUCUUUUUCAGAAGAGAUUAUAAAUUGGAGAGAACAGGUUGCCAUUUACCUUUUUACUGAGAGUGGACAGCUACUGCCACCUGGAAACUGUGUGACAGUGGCUCUAUCUUACUUUUCUGUUUGGCAUACUGCUAUAUAAGAAUGUUAAAAGAUGGUUGCAGCGAGUAAAACAGACCAAACAUAUCGAAUGUCUGCCUCUCUCUGCUGGAUUUGAACCAGCCAUCAGAAGGCAAUGCGAUUACAAGUUCCCACUGUAAUGAAGAUGCAAGUUCUUGGUUCAUUUCUGACUCUAGGCAGAGCCCAACUAGCUAAAGAGAACACAUUAAAGAGGACCCUAAGGAUGAUCAGCUUUCUCUAAUGUCUUUAGUGGAGCAGAACUCUGAGAGGGCAAUUGUGUGCUCUCUGGAUCAAGCAUUUGCAUCCUCUUGCGUUGUUAUGAUUGGGAAUGACAUGGUACUUUGCUGUUGUUUCUGUUCAUGGGGUUUUCUUGGCAAAUAUACUGAAGUGGCUUGCCAGUU